AUGUCAGGAUAUUGUAAUAAUUGUGGUUCAACAGAUUUCAUUCCUGUAGAUGGUUUUUUCUACUGUGCAGUGUGUAAUACACAGUCACAGGUUCUUCGUGAAUUUGAUCAUGAUGAUGAGGGCGCAAUUCUGACAUCAACAUUAUCAACUAAGAUUUAUCAAAAGAAGACUAGGAUAGGCAAAAGUGAGCAAAAACUUGCUGAGGAAAAAGAGACAAUUGAUGAAGAUCAUCGUUUACCAGCCUUGAAACAAGAUUUUCCGAUAUAUCUUGGACAUGCUGGUCUACGGCUAGCAACAUUUACGAAAUUACUUUCGCAUUUCUCAGCCAUACUAAUUCGUGAUUUUAGUGUACCAGAAUGUGUCAAGUCGCAUAUACUCAAUAUCGUGCAGCAUUAUCUUCAGCACUUUCGAAUAGCAUUCUGCAAGGAAGAGUUGGAUGAAGCAAACCCAUAUUGUCCAUUAAUUAAGAACGAAGAAUAUGAAGCACAAAAAAAAGCAAAAGAGCUGAAAGUUAAAGCACAAAAAGAAGCACAAAUGAGGCGUGGCGAUAAUGUUUUGUCAUUAUUAACAAAUCCAGAUGCCGAAGCAGAUAUGGAUGUCACCGAUCUCGAUGUUAAUGACGUAAAAGCUGUAAUAGAAAAGCGAACGAAACUUUCAAAGGAUGCACUUUCUACGCUUCUGCGCAUUCCAAUGAAUACUGAGAUUAUUAUGGUUAUCCUUUAUAUGGGAUGUUUACUGUCUGGUGCAAAUUGGAUAUUAUUAUCUGAUGUUACACGAUGGUUUCGUGAAGGCCGAUUUCCAAUAUCAUCUUUUCAGUCUGCAGCUUUACUUGUUGGUGGGAAAGGAAACGAUAUUUCUGGUGCGAGAGGACUUUCGUUUUGUCCGAGAACACCGACGAUGCCACUGUACGAAUACAUGCGAACGAUUAUGGUUAUUGCUCAACUAACAAAUAUUCCAGUGCAGCCAGUUUCUUGCUCUUUCGAUCGGGUUUUGGCUCGCCUUAGUUAUAACCUUAAUUUACCGAUUGAUUUCAUGCAGCAGCUGCAUACAAUUUUUGUUAUUUCCUCUCCAAAUGUUGUUUUCGAUACAUUGUUUACUCAUCGAUUUAGCAAUGUUGAUUCCGAAGCGUUACUGGAAAAAACAAAUAAUCCAUUCUGUGAUAAUAUCACUUUUGCACUUGAACAGAGCACUUAUCAGUUGGAAGAAGGUUGUGGUCGACAGUAUUCCAUAAUGCCAUCUAUCGAUGUCAAGGCAAUCGCAAUAAUACUUUUUGCGCUGAAACUGGUGUUUGGCCUCAAUGAUAAUAUGGAAUUCAAUAUGAAAACACAGUUCGAUGCAAUGAAUACCAAAGAAGAGCAAUUUAACUUCGGUUUAUGGAUACAGCAGUUAAGAAUGCGUAUGAAUGUAUGGCGUAAUAGGCGUUUGAAAGAUGUUUUAGAAAAAAGGACAACUGCCCUUCCUAAAUAUGAUUCUGUAUUUGAAAAUCAUCGCAUGUUAUUCGUUCGUGAAAAUUAUCGAGGAGAAAAAGUUUCGCAAAUUGGUAAUGGUCGUUUAACGGGUGGUCGAAAUUUAUAUUUUAGGGGAUGCGUACCAAGUAAUUUUAUUAUGGAGAAACGUGAUUAUGCAUUGCUCAGUACUUUUGAGGAUGAUUUCGACUUCACAUCAUUACGAAGCCUCAACAAAGAAGCUUUGUUAACACCUCUUCGUUAUCAAGCAACUCAUUAUCUUGAAUGGUAUGAAGAUCUGGAAAAAAGUACUUCCACAGAUAAUUUUGAAAAAAUUGAUCGAUAUAAUGCUGAAAUGUUUUUUAAAUCGUUCAAAAAUCAUCGAAUGGAAUAUGAAGUUGUGAUAGCCUCCAAAAACAAGAAAGUAUUGAAAAGCGAGGGUUUAUGUUGCUCCGAUGAGGUACGAACAAAAUGGCGCCAGCUAUUUCCAUGUUCGGAACAUUAUGAGUCAUAUCCACGACCAAUAUAUUGUCCUGGAUUGCUCAAGUUUAAUUCUGGCGAACCGAUUUAUAUUCCAAUGAUUUAUACACCUGCGGUGGAUAUUAUAUACCAAAACGCGUCGCCAUAUUUUAGCGAAUCAUUCGGUGAUCUUCUUGAAAUUUUCUCUUUAAUGAUUGGAGAAGAUGUAAAAGUUGUUUACGCUUUUUUUCUAAUGCUAGAAAUGAAAUGCUUAAUGCCCAACACAUUGAAUGAACUCAAUGAAAUUGCCAAAAAUUGUGAAAAGUUUACAACUUGUGCUCAGGUAGAAUUGCUGGGUGAUGAGCCGCGUAAUGUAGAAGUUGAGAUGUGUCGUAUUAAUGAAGAUGUGGCAAGUGCCGAUUUCAAAUUUUUAGUGACACAUAUGGGAGACAUAGAAAUCGAUGUAGAGAAGACAUCAAGAACACCGGUAAAAAGAAGAAUGAAGAAAUCAUGUGAUUGUACUCCAAAAAAACGAUCAAAAGAGCGAAGAAAACAAUCGCUUACAGUAGAGCAUCCUGAGGAGCAAACCGAUGAUACGGAUGAGGAAGAGAUUGUAAUUACGAGGACAUACAAUGAUAAAUUAGCUAAUGAUUUCGACCAAAUGAAUUUAUACCCAGAAGGAAAGCAAACAUUGCAACCGGGAACGAAUAGCAUUUCCAGAUCGAUGUCUGAUGAUACAAAUAUUAUAAGUUUAAGUGAUGAUGAAAUAACCGAUACUACUCCGUCACGAAAACAAAGGUAUGGAAAGCAAAAUCGAAUGUCAAAAUUUUCAAAGACGAGUAUUUUUAAGCAUUCAUCGACAACCAAGAUCAAAAACCGGUUCUCAGAAUGUUUUAAUUUCGAAUUUGAAGCCGCAUUUGCGUUAACAAUACCGAAAUACUGGUGA